CGGAGAGGCGACAGCAGCGGCUUUAGCAGCGACUUUUUACAGCGAAGUGUUAUUGUUUACAGUCACUAGCCUCGACCACAGAAACCCGUCCGUUACAUUCACAGCGACAAUGCGUUCAUAAAACAAGUCACUUGCAUUCGCUCCACAGUGCACCUCUUUGAAACAUGGAGUCAGAUGGCCCUGAAGCUCUGAGCAACCUCUGCUUGACUCAGGUGUGCCACAGUCUCAAUGUUCUUUGCAGUACGCGAGCAGAUGGAUCCCUGGCUUUUAUCCGGGCUCCGCUGUUUCCCCAAGAGAUGGCAGACCGACUUCUGCACAUGAUGGCAGCUAAAGGCUUGCUGAAUGACAGCACUGUUGGGAUUUUCCAAAACUACAAAGAGCUUCGCCUGCGCCACGUCUCCCUCCGUUCCUGUCCAGUGUCAAUAGCAGCAUUUCAGCUGGCCAUUUGCCCCCACAGGCUUCUGGAACUGGAUGCCUCCUGUGUCUCUGGAGAGCUUACCGUGGCGAAUAUCGUCUCAAGUUUGGCCGCUAAUGCGCCCUGCAGAUCCAGCUUGCAAAAGUUGACCAUCAAUGGAUUACCGCUGGAUUGGGAUUCUCUGGAACGCCAGGUUGGAUUCAGCUCCCUGCAGGGCCUCCGAGUUCUUAACCUUGCGAGUACAGGCCUCACAAAUGCCCCUCUGGAGGAUAUCUGUAUGCUUUCUCAGCUGGAAAGCUUGGACAUCUCCUCCAGUGUGGUCUCGGAUCUCACCCCUCUCCUCCAGUGCAAAAGCACCUUGAGGUCUUUGGUGGCUCACAGCCUUCGUCAUCUCGAUAUGUCACCUUCAAAUCUCCUUUCAGUCUUCGGCCAACUUCAGGCUCUCAGACAUUUGGAUUUUUCAGUCGAUCACUUCACCCCAAGUGACAGAGGUGAUGGAGAUAAGUUGGUUUGUCUUCUGUUAGAGGGUGGCUCUCAGUUCCUGCCCUCUCUUGUGUCCCUCGAUGUAUCUGGCCGGAAGUCAAUCACAGAAGCAGCAGUUAAAGCCUUUGUGAUGUCAAGAAGUGGCGAGGUUUUCUUGGGCCUGCUUGCGACAGGGCUCAGCUCCUGUAAUAUACUCUCGACGCUCAAAAACCUCAAGGUCGCGGGAGAAGCCAAUGAAAAGCAAAUUUGUGAAGCCCUGAGAAGAUACAAAGAGAGAGAGUGCUUCAUCCGAGAGGCUCUCGUCCAUCUCUACAAUAUGACGGUCGACACCGAUGAGCCUCAGCCUGAACUGCUGAAGCUGGUUCUGAAAGCUAUGGAGAGUCACCCCACCUCUCUUCACGUCCACCUGGUGGCCGCUGCAUGUGUUUUCAACCUGACCACUCAGAACCUCGCAGCUGUGAUGCCCGUCAGCCUGAUCAGCUCGGCCGUCGCUCAGCUGCUGCACAGCAUGAAGAUAUUUCCCGACCAUCAGCAGGUGCAGAAGAACUGCAUGCUGGCUCUCUGCAGUGACUACAUCCUGCAGGAAGUCCAUUUCGACAGGUACUUGGCAUCCACGCUGGUCAUUAACUGGCUGAGCAGCCACGAGGAGCAGACCCUGCAGAGGAUGGCGGUGGCGGUCAUCUCCGUCCUGGUGGCCAAGCUAUCUCCGGCCGAGAUCGAACAGCUCAGCAAGGAUGCCUCAAUUAUGAAGCAGCUUUUAGCGAUAGUUCAGCAGAAGGCCAUGGUGGGCGUGUUGGACUCCACUCUAAAGUUUGCCCUGAGCGCCUUGUGGAACCUUACAGACGAGACUCCCACUGCUGCUCGUAACUUCAUCGAGUGCAACGGUCUGGAGCUGUACGAGGAAGUUCUGGAGUCAUAUCACAACGAGGCUUCGGUCCAGCAGAAGAUUCUCGGACUGCUGAACAACCUUGCCGAGGUGGAGGAGCUGCAGUCAGUGUUGAUGGAGGAGGACUUGAUCGAGCACAUCCUCGGGCUCCUGCAGAACCCUGACGUGGAGUUGGGGGUCCGCUACUUUGCCGGGGGGAUUCUUGCACACCUGGCCUCCCGACCUGAGUCGUGGUCCCUGGACGAAGAGCUGCAUAGCACCACCCUCCGACAGCUGCAUGCUUCAAUCAAGACCUGGACACACCUGGACAGAGAGAUGGUCUCGUACAGAUCGUUCCGCCCGUUUCGCCCUUUGCUUCAGACUUGUCAACCCUGUGGGGUUCAGAUGUGGGCAGUUUGGGCAAUUCAGCUGGUGUGCACCCAAGACACCUCACAUUACAGCAGGAUUCUCCUGCAGGAAGGAGUGGAGGAGCUUCUUCAGUCUCUGACCUCUCAUCCCGACACACACACAGACGUGAAGGAAGCAUCUGAGAACAUCCUGCGCAUGCUGGAAGACUCUGACCACUGUCAGUCCCGCAGCUCCUGACAUGGCUGUCCAGACGCGGGAGACAGAAUUUCAGGAGACAGUGGGUGACAAGUCCAAACGUAAAUAGCGUUACGCUGAGUAGACCGGAAGACAACACAGGAAAACAGGAGAAGGUGUGGAGGAGCCUGCACUUAUAACUUGUGACAAUCCUGUUCGCAGAAUUGUGCUCAGGAGUGACCUUGUGUCUGUUGAAAUCAUGGAGGAGGAAACUUUGCAGAGGCGAAUGUGCAGGUACAUUUUGUAGUAGAGGCCUGAAAUCACUGCAACACUGCAUCGCAAUACUUAUUAUGAUUUAACAUCCUGUGAAUAAUAUGACCGAAUGAAAUGCAUUAAAACAUUCAAUAGCUUUUAUCUUUGGUGCUCAUGUCAGACAGAUUAUCACCUUUAUUGACUGUUUUUUUUAUUUAAUAAAAAGAUAUAUUUCAGUUAUAUCAGAUGUACAAAGUAUCUUCACGUUUUACAUGACUUUACUUGUGAUUAGUGGAUGGUAAUAUUUCCCAAUAUUCAGUAUUAAAAUGUGUUUAUGAGCGUCAAGUAUGCCCCGCAGCUCAUCAAAAAUGGGCUGCCUUGAGAUUCUUGGUAAAUACCAUCCGCAAAAAAGAACUUGAAACGUUGAGGCGCUUGCAAAAAUCCCCCAGCUGUCACUAGGGGGUGCCUUAUUACUGCUGCUCUCCAGAUCCUGGAAACCAGUUAAAAAAAAAAAAAAAAAAGAGUCAGUGGGUUUUGCUUUAAGGCCCAAGUGGAAAGAGGUCACCCUAAAUCCUGCUUGUUCUUCCGCCUGUCUGGACCGAAGGCCUCAUUAUGAAGGAGCGCGUCUCUCCUCAUCCUCCAUCGUUCUCUCGCUCCCUCUGGGCUUCUGGGGCUGAAUUCAUUAAAUUUAUGUAACACAGCUGGAAGAGAGACGUGCUAAUAGGCGUCUCCAGUCUAUUCCUAGUCGCUCUAUUAAUAAUUCCUUUUGAACAGCGGAUCAGUACACAUGGGUUUCAGCCAGAAGUUCAACUUUUGAAAGACCUAUAGAAGUUUUGUUUUCUUUCAUGAGCGUUAGCUCUCUGAUGGCUGAAACUGCCUCUUUAUCUGUCUAAAAGCUUGUUUUCACUGCUUAAGCUCAACACUAUAAAAAGGAAAAGAGGCUUUAAAAAAACAUUUUUCUGCAUUUAUCAGUACCAGCCAAAAUCUGCUGAGUAAGAGUAAUGAAGUUAAUGGUGAAUAUAGUGUAGCACUUCCCCAGAAGAGAUGGAGAUGUAUCACAAUCUCCUCAGUUAUGCACCUUGACUAUCCUACUUCUGACACCAUCAGCCAGUCAUACCUUGACCAUGACUGGAGAAAAGUGACGGGUAGAUGAGGUUUCAUGAAACAGUGCCAUGAUUCUCAGAGGCCACCAGAUGGCACUGUCUGCUGUAAAACGUUUGGACUUGAGCAACUAAUUCACGGCAUUUUUAAAGCAAGUGUACCAUCUAGUGGCCUCUGAGAAUUAGGACACUGUUUCAUCGACCCCGCAAUACUGUUUCAUGAUGCCUCAUCUAACCAUCACUACCGGUGACCAUGUGUGGUUAUAAGGUGGGAGUCGAUCCGCUGGAGCAAAGUUGCAGUGUCAUUGCUGAGCUCGGCAAAAGGGCUCAGGUUUGCAGGGGGAGUAUCCACUUUCAAAUGAAACAAAAGAGGGUUGAGAGGAGAAAAGAUGCCACCAACUGUGAAGUAUUGUCAUCCAUUACUUGUGUUAAUGAGGUCGCCCUACAUUAGUAAUGCAGCGGCUCCUGUACAGAUCAAAUUCAUUUCCAAUAAGUCCGCCCUGAUUUUCAAACUUUCAAGUCGACGGCCGCUCUGCUUUUAUAAAGUGAGCAAAUUGGAUUGUAAAUACAGAGUUGAUCCCUGACGCUGUUGAGGCUCACCCCGCCUGCUUCUCUGUUCCAUUAGCCGCCUGCCAGUCAUCCUGUCUCGCCGUCCACGUCAACGCCGCUCCUCAGCAGCGACUCCUCCAUUAUUAAGCUCAUCUUUUAAUCUUAGCUCCUCAGUGUCACUUAAUCCUGCAGAAGUGAAUGAGUUUAACAGCAGUUCAACAAACUUGGAAGUCGCAAAGCACGCGACGUCAUUCAAGCUAGCCCAGCAAAACCAGCACUUCAUAACAUGCCAAGUGACUGGUACUUUGGGUGUAGCGGAUCUUCGUCCAUAAUCCAAAGUCUUUCAAUAUUUUGCAAGAACUGCUGAAAAAAUGUAUUUUAAAAAGUACAAGUAAUUAUUUAUUUUUUUGCUUAUUCUUUUCUGAUCAUUGUUUGACAAAGGAAGAGAAGAUUUGUUGUGUUUCUGUCCUUUAAACUUAAAUUUUCCAUCCGUCUGCACAGUCUUGUGUAGUCACCUUCACCAAGGGUUUUUGGUUAUGACACCACACUGCAAUAAUGUGGUGCCCUGAAAAAUGUCUCCUGUGCAACAAAGUUUAUAAAAGAUGAAUCUGUUUUUGCAUUGACUUCUCUAUUUAAUUCAUCAAAUAAAAAAUAUUAAAUUAUUGAAUCAACAUUGACUGCUCGAGUUCCAGCCCCGAUAUAUUUCUUUAUAUUAACAGUAUUUUACAAAACACACAAGCACACAAAUGUCAUCAUGGAAAAUAAGAAAACUGUAAAAAGACCUAGGACAUGACAACAAUAAAAUGUGUAUUGUGUCUUUAAAGGUGAAGCAAUGCCCUCAUCAUAUUGUAAUUAUACUGUAAUUACAAAUCAAACGCUCUCGGUUGGUAAGAACAGAAC